UCUAUUUGAACUUUCAUGCAAUUCGACUCGCUACGGUUCGAACUUCUUGUACGAUCUUAUAUACAUACACAAAUGUAUAUACAUCUUCUUCCUUCGCCGACCACAUCCAAUUCCAAACACUUCAAAGAUUACGCAGAUCUAUUUACUCGUCCUACACCUCUUCUCUCUCUCUUCACUUCCUCUCUCUAGAAAUCUAGGUUUUAGUCGUUAGUGGUCUCUGUACUCGUUCCUCAAAUUCAGCUUUCACUCUUUCUAUAUAUCUAUCUAUUUCUAUAUAUUUUUAUGAUUCUAUAUAUGCACAUGAUCUUCUAUUGGUCUUCAGAUUUGUGAAUUAGGGUUUUGAAGUAGAAUGUAGUGAUGAUAUAUAUUUUAAAUUUGUUGGGAUUUUAGAACCCUAGAUUUCCGCAGAAUGCAGAGCUCAACGAGCUCGGUGGCCCAGCCUGAGGCCAUACUCGAUUGGCUACAGAAGGAGAUGGGGUAUCGACCGUUGGGUCCGUACAUUGCGUCCAACAAGGCGGCAAUGCCAUCGAUUGACUCGCUUCGCAAGGUUUGCCGCGGAAACAUGAUUCCAGUGUGGAACUAUCUGUUGCUGAGAGUGAAAUCGGCGAAGACGGUGGACAAUAUCCGGCGAAACAUACUGGUUCAUGGUGAUGACGACAGUGGUGGCGGCGGAAAUGUUGAUCCUGUGAAAGCCGGCCAGGUGGGGAGGAGUAGAGGGAGGAGAAAGGAAAAGUUGGGUCUGGGAGGGGAAAGUUCGAGUUCCAGUUCAGUGGACGGUAGUAGAGAGAUUGCGUUACAGGAGAGAGAAUUGGCGGAGAAAGAGGUGGAAAAGUUGAGGCACAUAGUGAAGCGGCAGCGAAAGGAGUUGAAGGCUCGGAUGUUGGAGGUUUCGCGAGAGGAGGCAGAGCGUAAGCGAAUGCUUGACGAGAGGUCAAAUUACAGGCACAAGCAAGUGAUGCUGGAGUCCUAUCAUCAACAAUGUGAUGAAGCAGCAAAAAUAUUUGCAGAGUACCAUAAGCGUCUUCGUUACUGUGUUAAUCAAGCAAGGGAUGCUCAGAGUUUGAGUGUUGAGUCUUCUGUUGACGUGACUGACAGUUUUGGUACAAAAAGCGAGAAAGAGGCUGUUUAUUCAACUGUUAAAGGCACCAAAUCUGCAGAUGAUGUCAUUCUUAUAGAAACAACUAGUGAAAGAAAUAUCCGAAAGGCAUGUGAAUCUCUUGCCAUGCAGAUGAUUGAAAAGAUCUGCAAAUCAUUUCCGGCUUAUGAAGGAAGUGGAAUACAUUUUAAUUCCCAGUCAGAAGUCGCAAAGUUGGGUUUUGAUUAUGAUGGUGAACUACCUGGUGAGGUUGGAGAUGCGAUUAUGGACUGCCUGAAGAGUCCUUCCCAGUUGCUUCAGACAAUUACUGCAUACACUCAACGUCUGAAAACUCUGAUUACUCGAGAACUAGAGAAAAUUGAUAUUAGAGCUGAUGCAGAAACCUUGAGGUACAAAUAUGAGAAUAACACAGUAAUGGAUUCUUCUACUGAUGUCAGCUCAUCGUUGCAAUAUCAACUUUAUGGCAAUGAAAAUAUUGGAAAUGAUUUGCCUUCAAGAGGAACGCAAAAUCAACUUCUUGAAAGACAGAAAGCCCAUGUUCAGCAAUUUGUGGCUACUGAAGAUGCACUUAACAAAGCUGCAGAAGCUAGAAAUACGUGUCAGAAACUUAUAAAGCGUCUGCAUGGAAGUGCUGAUGCUGUUUCUUCGCACACACUUCUUGGAGGCACGCCACAGAAUAUGGGCAGUCUCAGGCAACUUGAGUUGGAGGUGUGGGCCAAGGAAAGAGAAGCUGCUGGCUUGCGGGCUGGCUUGAAUACAUUGAUGUCUGAAAUACACCGGUUGAAUAAAUUAUGUGCAGAGAGGAAGGAAGCUGAGGAUUCUUUGAGAAAGAAGUGGAAGAAGAUUGAAGAAUUCGACGCACGCAGAUCUGAACUUGAAUCCAUAUAUACUGCUUUACGUAGGGCUAACAUGGAUGCUGCUACAUUCUGGAAUCAGCAGCCAUUAGUGGCAAGGGAGUAUGCAUCUAGCACCAUAAUUCCCGCAUGCACAGUUGUUGUUGACAUAUCAAAUAAUGCAAAAGAUCUUAUUGAUAGAGAAGUGUCAGCCUUUUAUCAAAGCCCUGAUAAUAGCCCCUACAUGCUUCCAUCAACCCCACAGGCUCUCCUGGAGGCCAUGGGUGCUAAUGGGUCUACCGGACCUGAAUCAGUUGCUGCUGCAGAAAGGAAUGCUGCUCUGUUGACUGCAAGAGCCGGUGCCAGAGACCCAUCCGCAAUUCCUUCUAUAUGCCGCGUUUCUGCUGCCCUUCAAUAUUCUGCUGGUCUGGAAGGUUCUGAUGCUGGUUUAGCAUCAGUAUUAAAGUCCCUGGAAUUCUGUUUGAAGCUUCGUGGUUCAGAGGCUUGUGUGUUGGAGGACCUGUCAAAGGCAAUUAGCUUGGUUCAUAUGAGGCGGGAUCUUGUUGAAAGUGGACAUGCAAUGUUAAAUCAUGUUUUCCGUGCACAACAUGAGUACGAAAGGACAACAAGUUACUGUUUGAGUUUGGCUGCUGAGCAAGAGAAAAAUAUAACAGAGAAGUGGUUACCAGAACUAAAGAGUGCAGUCCUGAAUGCUCAGAAAUGCCUGGAAGAUUGCAAAUAUGUCAGGGGCUUGCUUGAUGAAUGGUGGGAACAACCUGCAUCAACUGUUGCUGACUGGGUUACAGUUGAUGGGCAAAAUGUUGCUGCUUGGCAUAAUCAUGUGAAGCAACUUCUCACAUUUUAUGAUAAGGAACUUCUGUGAGUUAAACUUCUAGGCUACAAGAGCAAUUGGUUUUGUCUCUCUUUCUCUCAGCUGCCUCCGUUCCUUUCCUACUUCCAUGCCAAAUUUGGAUACCGUCAGAUCUUUGAUGGAGUUUGCAGGUCCCGGAUAAACCUGGAGCCACAAGUGUUGGCGUUUGCUGAGGAUAUGGCUACGAUUUCAUUGUGGGAAAGAAGAUAGGGAAGGGGGCGAGCAGAGGUGUUUGAGGUUACUGUACGAGAAAUUAUUACAUGGUCCGGUCAAUCACAUGAAAGCGAGUUUGAGUUGAAAUUGACAUAAAACUGACACAUUUGCUUAUGUGUCAGCACAUGAUUGGUCCGGACCAAUGGUCCCAGGACCAUGUAAUAUCGCUAGUGUGCACCCACAUCAUUAUUUUCUCCUCCAUUUGAUUUUGUAGAUAGUUCUUCGUACAGAAGGAUCUUUUGUGUAUUAAUCGGACUAAUAGUUGUUGGGUACAUGGGGGGCUUAUUCUACGUUGUAUUUUGUUAGGGUCGAGUAAAUUCAUGGCAUUGAAAUGGCAGAGUGUGAUUUAACUGUAGAAAUUGUCUUUGUUUUUUCAUUGUUUUGUGUCGCAUGUUCCAAGUAAAUGAAAAAGUUGAUUGGUUUUUGGGCAAUUAUUAUGAUAACCCCCGACAACAAAAUAAUCAGUAGUCUGCAGUUCUGCACCAUGUUUUGCAAUUAUUAUGGCACAUGCAUGUCGCUAUAUUAGACGUGGUCCUUUAUUUGCAGUUAUUGAUACUCAACGACCACUCUACAUUGGAUCCUUUCUAUGUUAUCUGUGAAAUGAUUUUGAAGAAUAGCAAUGGCAGAUUUCUCUGAGAAUAAGUUCUAGCACCCAUAUCUGUAAUUCAAAGAUUGGUACUGUGACCUGAAAUUCAUGCUGAUCGCAAAUGUACGUGCAUAUUUUAGUUAUUCCGAUUUCCUUCAUUAUUCAGGGUAAAUUAUAAUUCAAUUUUAUACGGAGAUCCAUUUGGGUUUUAAUUUUCAGUCUCAUUAUAAAGAUUUGGGUGGUGUUUGGGUGAGUUUUUUAACAUCAAAAGUCCUUCGAUGAAUAAAGACUUUUAUAAGGAAUUUUGCUAAAAGGAAUUUAUAAGAAAAAAGUUGUUUGGUUAAUGCAUUUUUUAAAAGCUUUUUAACUAUUAAAUUAUAUUUUAUAUGACAAUAAUACCCAUAUCUUUUUACGGCAUUUUCAUUCAAGCCCAUCUUCUAUGACCACUCUUUCCAAAAAACUUUUGAAUCAUUUGUUACUGUUUACAACAUGAAAAUUAGAAUGAAGUAAACAAAAACUACGGCAACAAAGAACAUCAUUCAAUGGCCUAUUGCUGACAGAAAAUUUUCAAUUUUUCAUCCACAUUUCAAUUCUUGACAUAAUUUUCUUCCUAGUUAGUUGACAGAAAUUUAUAGACCCAUUUUCAAUUUUUCAUCCACAUUUCAAUUCUAAAAGGACCAUCAAUAUUAGUUGUAUCCUAAAUUUUAUCACUAACAUCUCUGCAAAUACAUCCACGUGUCUCUCUAAAAAUUUAUGAAAAUUCAACUUUGAAGCCUUUUUCCUCUCUCUCCUCUUUCCAUUUUGAAUCAAUUAGAGAAUAGAUCACUACAUACAUGGUGGCUGUUUUGAGGACCUUGGAGAUAAGUGACCCAUCCAAACGUGCUCAUCCCAUCUUUAGAGAUCGAAGUCUUUGCAGAUAACUCUACUUGCAACAUCUCAGAUAUGCCAUCCCCUAGGCUCUUCCGAACUCACGCGCCUUGCACAAUGCUACCGGAGUCCGUCCAAGACUUCCGGCUGCAAGAUUGUGUACGUCACUAGGAACCCCAAGACACAUUUGUGUCAACGUGGCACUUCAUGAACGCGAGGAGGAUGCCAGGCCAAGGGGCGUUCCCCAUCGGUGAGAGUUUUGAGAAAUUCUGCAAAGGGGUUCAUAACUACAGGCCCUUUCAUGACCAUGUCCUAGGGUAUUAGAAGGAGAGCAUGACGAGGCCCGAGAAGAUACUAUUCUUGAGAUACGAGGAUAUGAAGAGCGAUGCGAAAGGGCAAGUGAAGAAGUUGGCUUCAUUUCUUGGAAGACCUUUUGCCAAAGAGGAAGAGGUUGACAGGAUAGUGUGGAUGUGUAGCUUAGAAAGGUUGAUGAACUUGGAAGUGAACAGAAAUGGUGUGGACCCUUCUGUUGGGAUUUUGAAGAGUGCUUAUUUCAGGCUUGGUGUUGUUGGGGAUUGGAAGAACAGCUUGUCCAAGGAGAUGAAGGAGCAAAAAGAUGGAAGGCUCUGGUUUAGAUCUUUUAAUUUAGUAGUUUUCUUGCAUCUUUUAAUUUAGUUUGGAACUAUUGUUAAUUUUUCUUGCAUGCAUCUCUUGUAUUUGUCCACUUGUCCUAGUAGAAAUUUAGAGAAGUUUCUCACCUCAUGAAACUUCUCUAAAACAAUGUAUGAAUAACACCAAAUCUUUAACAAAAAAUUGUUGAAUUUUCAAGUAA